AUGGGGAGGCUGUUGCUGUGGCUUGGGCUGGUUCUUGUGCUGGAUUGCCACGAUGGUGCUGCCUACAAGCUGGUGUGUUAUUUCACCAACUGGGCACAUAGUCGACCGGGCCCCGCCGCCAUCCUGCCCCACGACCUGGACCCGUUUCUCUGCACACACCUGAUAUUCGCGUUUGCCUCAAUGAACGACAAUGAGAUCGUUGCUAAGGAUGUCCAAGAUGAGCGAAUUUUCUACCCAGAGUUCAACAAACUCAAAGAGAGGAACAGAGAGUUGAAAACACUGCUGUCCAUUGGAGGGUGGAACUUUGGCACAACCAGGUUCACCGCCAUGCUGUCUUCAUUCGCCAGCCGUGAAAAAUUUAUCAACUCAGUUAUAUCCCUGCUAAGGACACACAACUUUGACGGUCUCGACCUGUUCUUCUUGUACCCUGGGCUCAGAGGCAGCCCUGCCCAUGACCGGUGGACUUUUCUCUUCUUAGUUGAAGAGCUCCUGUUUGCCUUCCAAAGGGAGGCACUACUCAUCAAGCGUCCCCGGUUGCUGCUCUCCGCUGCUGUUUCUGGGGUCCCACACAUCGUCCAAACAUCUUACGAUGUGCGCCUUCUAGGAAAACUCCUGGAUUUCAUUAAUGUCUUGUCUUAUGACUUGCAUGGAAGCUGGGAAAAGUUCACAGGGCACAACAGUCCCCUGUUCUCUCUGCCCGAAGACCCCAAAUCCUCGGCAUAUGCCAUGAAUUACUGGCGAAAGCUCGGGGCACCCUCAGAGAAGCUCAUCAUGGGGUUCCCCACCUAUGGACGCACAUUUCACCUCCUCAAAGCCACUAACCAUGGGUUGCAGGCCCAAGCAAUCGGACCAGCAUCUCCAGGAAAGUACACCAAGCAAGCUGGCUUCCUGGCUUAUUAUGAGGUCUGCUCCUUUGUGCGGAAGGCGAAGAGGCACUGGAUUGAUUACCAGUACGUGCCCUAUGCUUACAAGGGGAAGGAGUGGGUCGGCUAUGACGACGCCAUCAGCUUCAGUUACAAGGCAAUGUUUGUCAAGAGAGAGCACUUCGGGGGGGCUAUGGUGUGGACACUGGACAUGGAUGACGUCAGGGGCACUUUCUGUGGCAAUGGCCCUUUCCCCCUUGUCUACACAUUGAAUGACCUCCUGGUGCAGGAUGAGUCCACCCCGACACCUUUGCCACAAUUCUGGUUCUCCUCUGCUAUGAAUUUUUCAAGAAGUCACCCGGAAAGGCUGGCCGUGACGGAACCGCUGACCACUGAUAUUAAGAUUUUGCCCCCAGGGGGCGAGGCUAUGGCCACUGAGAGCAGUGGGAUGUCUGAAGCACCCAGAGGUGCAGCUGUGUCCCUCGGCAAGCACACUGUGGCUCCAGGAGAGAAGACUGAGCCCCCUGGGGUGAAGCCCAUGACCCCUGGAAAGAUGACCUCUGCUUGA